AUGUUUUCAAGUGCGACGUUCUACCUGAAAAUAAAUAAAGUUUGUGGCAGUUUGAAUGAAGCGGCUCCGGAGGCUUCAGUCGCUCUCGCUCCCGGAUUCGCUGAGUUGGAGGUCGUUCUCUGCAACAGACACCGAGGAACAUGGGCUUUAAAACUAUUACCACAAGUGAGUAAGAAGUGUCCAUUUUGGUUUUUAAAGCUGGGGUCCCCAACUUUAUAUGUCCCAACAGAAAGAGUCUUACUAGUGAUAGAACCAGUACAUGAUCUGAUCUCUCUGGACUCUCUCUCUCUCUCUCCCUCUCCGGACACUCACUCUCCCUCUCCGGACACUCACUCUCCCUCUCCGGACACACUCACUCUCCCUCUCCGGACACUCUCCCUCUCCCUCUCCGGACACUCACUCUCCCUCUCCGGACACUCUCCCUCUCCCUCUCCCUCUCCGGACACUCUCCCUCUCCCUCUCCGGACACACUCACUCUCCCUCUCCGGACACACUCACUCUCCCUCUCCGGACACACUCCCUCUCCCUCUCCGGACACUCUCCCUCUCCCUCUCCGGACACUCUCCCUCUCCCUCUCCGGACACUCUCCCUCUCCCUCUCCGGACACUCUCCCUCUCCCUCUCCGGACACUCUCCCUCUCCCUCUCCGGACACUCUCUCUCCCUCUCCGGACACUCUCUCUCCCUCUCCGGACACUCUCCCUCUCCCUCUCCGGACACUCUUCCUCUCCCUCUCCCUCUCCGGACACUCUCCCUCUCCCUCUCCGGACACUCUCCCUCUCCCUCUCCCUCUCCGGACACUCUCCCUCUCCCUCUCCGGACACUCCCUCUCCGGACACUCACUCUCCCUCUCCGGACACUCCCUCUCUCUCUCCGGACACUCCCUCUACCUCUCCGGACACUCUCCCUCUCCCUCUCCCUCUCCGGACACUCUCCCUCUCCCUCUCCGGACACUCUCUCUCCCUCUCCAGACACUCUCUCUCCAGACACUCUCUCUCCCUCUCCAGACACUCUCUCUCCCUCUCCAGACACUCUCUCUCCAGACACUCUCUCUCCCUCUCCAGACACUCUCUCUCCCUCUCCAGACACUCUCUCUCCCUCUCCAGACACUCUCUCUCCCUCUCCAGACACUCUCUCUCCCUCUCCGGACACUCCCUCUCCCUCUCCGGACACUCCCUCUCCGGACACUCACUCUCCCUCUCCGGACACUCCCUCUCCGGACACUCUCUCUACCUCUCCGGACACUCUCUCUCCCUCCAGACACUCUCUCUCCAGACACUCUCUCUCCCUCUCCAGACACUCUCUCUCCCUCUCCAGACACUCUCUCUCCCUCUCCAGACACUCUCUCUCCCUCUCCAGACACUCUCUCUCCCUCUCCGGACACUCCCUCUCCGGACACUCCCUCUCCGGACACUCCCUCUCCGGACACUCCCUCUCCGGACACUCCCUCUCCGGACACUCCCUCUCCGGACACUCCCUCUCCGGACACUCCCUCUCCGGACACUCCCUCUCCGGACACUCCCUCUCCGGACACUCCCUCUCCGGACACUCCCUCUCCGGACACUCCCUCUCCGGACACUCCCUCUCCGGACACUCCCUCUCCGGACACUCACUCUCCGGACACUCACUCUCCGGACACUCACUCUCCGGACACUCACUCUCCACUCUCCGGACACUCACUCUCCGGACACUCACUCUCCCUCUCCGGACCCUCUCCGGACCCUCUCCGGACCCUCUCCGGACCCUCUCCGGACCCUCUCCGGACACUCUCCGGACACUCUCCCUCUCCCUCUCCGGACACUCUCCCUCUCCCUCUCCGGACACUCUCCCUCUCCCUCUCCGGACACUCUCCCUCCUCCCUCUCCGGACACUCUCCCUCUCCCUCUCCGGACACACUCUCUCCCUCUCCGGACACUCACUCUCCCUCUCCCUCUCCGGACACUCUCCUUCUCCCUCUCCGGACACUCCCUCUCCGGACACUCACUCUCCCUCUCCGGACACUCCCUCUCCGGACACUCACUCUCCCUCUCCGGACACUCCCUCUCCGGACACUCUCUCUCCCUCUCCGGACACUCUCUCUACCUCUCCGGACACUCUCUCUCCCUCUCCGGACACUCUCUCUCCCUCUCCGGACACUCUCCCUCUCCGGACACUCUCCCUCUCCGGACACUCUCCCUCUCCGGACACUCUCCCUCUCCGGACACUCUCCCUCUCACUCUCCCUCUCCGGACACUCUCCCUCUCCGGACACUCUCCCUCUGCGGACACUCUCCCUCUCCGGACACUCUCCCUCUCACUCUCCCUCUCCGGACACUCACUCUCCCUCUCCGGACACUCUCUCUCCCUCUCCAGACACUCUCUCUCCCUCUCCAGACACUCUCUCUCCCUCUCCAGACACUCUCUCUCCCUCUCCAGACACUCUCUCUCCCUCUCCGGACACUCUCUCUCCCUCUCCAGACACUCUCUCUCCCUCUCCAGACACUCUCUCUCCCUCUCCAGACACUCUCUCUCCCUCUCCAGACACUCUCUCUCCCUCUCCAGACACUCUCUCUCCGGACACUCCCUCUCCCUCUCCGGACACACUCCCUCUCCGGACACUCCCUCUCCGGACACUCCCUCUCCGGACACUCCCUCUCCGGACACUCCCUCUCCGGACACUCCCUCUCCGGACACUCCCUCUCCGGACACUCCCUCUCCGGACACUCCCUCUCCGGACACUCCCUCUCCGGACACUCCCUCUCCGGACACUCCCUCUCCGGACACUCCCUCUCCGGACACUCCCUCUCCGGACACUCCCUCUCCGGACACUCACUCUCCCUCUCCGGACACUCACUCUCCGGACACUCACUCUCCCUCUCCGGACCCUCUCCGGACCCUCUCCGGACACUCUCCCUCUCCGGACACUCUCCCUCUCCCUCUCCGGACACUCUCCCUCUCCCUCUCCGGACACUCUCCCUCUCCCUCUCCCUCUCCGGACACACUCUCUCCCUCUCCGGACACUCACUCUCCCUCUCCCUCUCCGGACACUCUCCUUCUCCCUCUCCGGACACUCUCCUUCUCCCUCUCCGGACACUCCCUCUCCGGACACUCACUCUCCCUCUCCGGACACUCCCUCUCCGGACACUCACUCUCCCUCUCCGGACACUCUCUCUCCCUCUCCGGACACUCCCUCUCCGGACACUCCCUCUCCCUCUCCGGACACUCUCCCUCUCCCUCUCCGGACACUCUCCCUCUCCCUCUCCGGACACUCUCCCUCUCCGGACACUCACUCUCCCUCUCCGGACACUCUCUCUCCCUCUCCGGACACUCCCUCUCCCUCUCCCUCUCCGGACACUCUCCCUCUCCGGACACUCUCCCUCUCCGGACACUCUCCCUCUCCGGACACUCUCCCUCUCCGGACACUCUCCCUCUCCGGACACUCUCCCUCUCCCUCUCCGGACACUCUCUCUCCAGACACUCUCUCUCCCUCUCCAGACACUCUCUCUCCCUCUCCAGACACUCUCUCUCCCUCUCCAGACACUCUCUCUCCCUCUCCGGACACUCCCUCUCCCUCUCCGGACACUCCCUCUCCGGACACUCCCUCUCCGGACACUCCCUCUCCGGACACUCCCUCUCCGGACACUCCCUCUCCGGACACUCCCUCUCCGGACACUCCCUCUCCGGACACUCCCUCUCCGGACACUCCCUCUCCGGACACUCCCUCUCCGGACACUCCCUCUCCGGACACUCCCUCUCCGGACACUCACUCUCCGGACACUCACUCUCCGGACACUCACUCUCCGGACACUCACUCUCCCUCUCCGGACACUCACUCUCCGGACACUCACUCUCCCUCUCCGGACCCUCUCCGGACCCUCUCCGGACCCUCUCCGGACCCUCUCCGGACACUCUCCCUCUCCCUCUCCGGACACUCUCCCUCUCCCUCUCCGGACACUCUCCCUCUCCCUCUCCGGACACUCUCCCUCUCCCUCUCCCUCUCCGGACACACUCUCUCCCUCUCCGGACACUCACUCUCCCUCUCCCUCUCCGGACACUCUCCUUCUCCCUCUCCGGACACUCCCUCUCCGGACACUCACUCUCCCUCUCCGGACACUCCCUCUCCGGACACUCACUCUCCCUCUCCGGACACUCCCUCUCCGGACACUCUCUCUACCUCUCCGGACACUCUCUCUCCCUCUCCGGACACUCUCUCUCCCUCUCCGGACACUCUCCCUCUCCGGACACUCUCCCUCUCCGGACACUCUCCCUCUCCGGACACUCUCCCUCUCCGGACACUCUCCCUCUCCGGACACUCUCCCUCUCACUCUCCCUCUCCGGACACUCUCCCUCUCCGGACACUCUCCCUCUCCGGACACUCUCCCUCUCCGGACACUCUCCCUCUCACUCUCCCUCUCCGGACACUCACUCUCCCUCUCCGGACACUCUCUCUCCCUCUCCAGACACUCUCUCUCCCUCUCCAGACACUCUCUCUCCCUCUCCAGACACUCUCUCUCCCUCUCCAGACACUCUCUCUCCCUCUCCAGACACUCUCUCUCCCUCUCCAGACACUCUCUCUCCCUCUCCAGACACUCUCUCUCCCUCUCCAGACACUCUCUCUCCCUCUCCAGACACUCUCUCUCCCUCUCCAGACACUCUCUCUCCCUCUCCAGACACUCUCUCUCCGGACACUCCCUCUCCCUCUCCGGACACACUCCCUCUCCGGACACUCCCUCUCCGGACACUCCCUCUCCGGACACUCCCUCUCCGGACACUCCCUCUCCGGACACUCCCUCUCCGGACACUCCCUCUCCGGACACUCCCUCUCCGGACACUCCCUCUCCGGACACUCCCUCUCCGGACACUCCCUCUCCGGACACUCCCUCUCCGGACACUCACUCUCCCUCUCCGGACACUCACUCUCCGGACACUCACUCUCCCUCUCCGGACCCUCUCCGGACCCUCUCCGGACACUCUCCCUCUCCGGACACUCUCCCUCUCCCUCUCCGGACACUCUCCCUCUCCCUCUCCGGACACUCUCCCUCUCCCUCUCCCUCUCCGGACACACUCUCUCCCUCUCCGGACACUCACUCUCCCUCUCCCUCUCCGGACACUCUCCUUCUCCCUCUCCGGACACUCUCCUUCUCCCUCUCCGGACACUCCCUCUCCGGACACUCACUCUCCCUCUCCGGACACUCCCUCUCCGGACACUCACUCUCCCUCUCCGGACACUCCCUCUCCGGACACUCACUCUCCCUCUCCGGACACUCUCUCUCCCUCUCCGGACACUCCCUCUCCGGACACUCCCUCUCCCUCUCCGGACACUCUCCCUCUCCCUCUCCGGACACUCUCCCUCUCCCUCGCCGGACACUCUCCCUCUCCGGACACUCACUCUCCCUCUCCGGACACUCUCUCUCCCUCUCCGGACACUCCCUCUCCCUCUCCCUCUCCGGACACUCUCCCUCUCCGGACACUCUCCCUCUCCGGACACUCUCCCUCUCCGGACACUCUCCCUCUCCGGACACUCUCCCUCUCCCUCUCCGGACACUCUCCCUCUCCCUCUCUCCUCUCGACACUCUCCCUCUCCGGACACUCUCUCUCCCUCUCCGGACACUCUCUCUCCCUCUCCGGACACUCUCUCUCCCUCUCCGGACACUCUCUCUCCCUCUCCGGACACUCUCUCUCCCUCUCCGGACACUCUCUCUCCCUCUCCGGACACUCUCUCUCCCUCUCCGGACACUCUCUCUCCCUCUCCGGACACUCUCUCUCCCUCUCCGGACACUCUCCCUCUCCGGACACUCUCCCUCUCCGGACACUCUCUCUCCCUCUCCGGACACUCUCUCUCCCUCUCCGGACACUCUCUCUCCCUCUCCGGACACUCUCUCUCCCUCUCCGGACACUCUCUCUCCCUCUCCGGACACUCUCUCUCCCUCUCCGGACACUCUCUCUCCCUCUCCGGACACUCUCUCUCCCUCUCCGGACACUCUCUCUCCCUCUCCGGACACUCUCUCUCCCUCUCCGGACACUCUCUCUCCCUCUCCGGACACUCUCUCUCCCUCUCCGGACACUCUCUCUCCCUCUCCGGACACUCUCUCUCCCUCUCCGGACACUCUCUCUCCCUCUCCGGACACUCUCUCUCCCUCUCCGGACACUCUCUCUCCCUCUCCGGACACUCUCUCUCCCUCUCCGGACACUCUCUCUCCCUCUCCGGACACUCUCUCUCCCUCUCCGGACACUCUCUCUCCCUCUCCGGACACUCUCUCUCCCUCUCCGGACACUCUCUCUCCCUCUCCGGACACUCUCUCUCCCCUCCUCUCUCCGGACACUCUCUCUCCCUCUCCGGACACUCUCUCUCCCUCUCCGGACACUCUCUCUCCCUCUCCGGACACUCUCCCUCUCCGGACACUCUCCCUCUCCGGACACUCUCCCUUUCCGGACACUCUCCCUCUCCGGACACUCUCCCUCUCCGGACACUCUCCCUCUCCGGACACUCUCUCUCCCUCUCCGGACACUCACUCUCCCUCUCCGGACACUCACUCUCCCUCUCCGGACACUCACUCUCCCUCUCCGGACACUCACUCUCCCUCUCCGGACACUCUCUCUCCCUCUCCGGACACUCUCUCUCCCUCUCCGGACACUCCCUCUCCCUCUCCCUCUCCGGACACUCUCCCUCUCCCUCUCCGGACACUCUCCCUCUCCCUCUCCGGACACUCUCCCUCUCCGGACACUCACUCUCCCUCUCCGGACACUCACUCUCCCUCUCCGGACACUCACUCUCCCUCUCCGGACACUCACUCUCCCUCUCCGGACACUCACUCUCCCUCUCCGGACACUCACUCUCCCUCUCCGGACACUCACUCUCCCUCUCCGGACACUCACUCUCCCUCUCCGGACACUCACUCUCCCUCUCCGGACACUCACUCUCCCUCUCCGGACACUCACUCUCCCUCUCCGGACACUCACUCUCCCUCUCCGGACACUCACUCUCCCUCUCCGGACACUCACUCUCCCUCUCCGGACACUCACUCUCCCUCUCCGGACACUCUCCCUCUCCCUCUCCGGACACUCUCCCUCUCCCUCUCCGGACACUCUCCCUCUCCCUCUCCGGACACUCUCCCUCUCCCUCACCGGACACUCUCCCUCUCCCUCUCCGGACACUCUCCCUCUCGCUCUCCGGACACUCUCCCUCUCGCUCUCCGGACACUCUCCCUCUCGCUCUCCGGACACUCACUCUCCCUCUCCGGACACUCACUCUCCCUCUCCCUCUCCGGACACUCUCCCUCUCCGGACACUCUCCCUCUCCGGACACUCUCCCUCUCCGGACACUCUCCCUCUCCGGACACUCUCCCUCUCCCUCUCCCUCUCCGGACACUCUCCCUCUCCGGACACUCUCCCUCUCCGGAGACUCCCUCUCUCGUCCCUCUCCCUGGUCACUCUCUCGUCUCUCUCUCCUCUCCAUCUUGA